AUAAAUAAAUCUUGCCUGUCCCCCCCUGACUAUUAUGUAAUUGUAUGUGAAUUUAAAGCCUAUACCCUUGUCUUUUAACACCUUAAGUAGGCCUACAUGUUUUUGUAUUUGAAAAAAAUAGAUAGAUGAUAGAUAGAAGAUAGAUAGAUAGAUAGAUAGAUAGAUAGAUAGAUCUCGCUCCCUGCAGGGAUGACUCGGAACUGCAGCUGUAAGAGUUGUGUGACCUCAAGUCUUUGUAGAUGAUUAUCAUUUUGAUGGAGGUGUUUCCGUUUCUGUCUCAUUUGCUGAUGUAGUGCAGAGGAAGGACAUACACAACUUCUGAUGAGACGCAGGGAGAAGUAGCUAGGCGACUUCGUGUUUUUGAAAGUUGAGUUCUCCUAAACAGGUGACCAGAGUUCCUCAUUACAACCGAUAAACUGACGGGUAGAGACCGAAUUUAGUAGCGUUACCUUGACAACGAGGUUACAGGACACUGAAACGAAUCUACUUUUCUUUUUUUGUAGAACUAAAAAUACAAGCAAAACAGCGGAAUGGCGGAGGAAGACAGUUUUUCAUACUUAAAGACAUUUCCCCAGGUUUUUCCUGUAUUUCGAGUUCGUUCUUUAAGUGACACUUCGGCUUUUAAAUCCAGAAUAUUGACCAGACUCCGCUCAGCCUGCUCAGUGGAGGGACUGGAAAAAUCUUCUCUGGCCAACUGUGAUGUGGUGGUGGGAAGCUCGCAGUCUCCUCAGCUGAAAGGAAAGGGGAAGCUCUCUUCUCUGGGCAAGAUCUUUAAACCUUGGAAAUGGAGAAAGAAGAGAACCAGUGAUAAGUUCCAGGACCUCUCAAAAGUUCUGGAGAGGAAAAUAUCCACCAGGCAAACUCGAGAAGAGCUCAUAAACAAAGGUGUCCUUAUUCCAGACCAAGAGACCUUGAAUGGUAAUGCAGUGCCCAGUGGAGUUACUGAAAAGGUCAAAGUAGACAUUGAAACACCAGAGCUGGUCCCAGAAGAAAAAGCAGACUUGGCGGCAGUGGCAGAGGACCCAGAAGCUAAACCUUCGACUCCUAAGAAAACUGCAGGCGCAUCCAAGAGUUCCUCUCAGGCCUCAGGACAAUCUUCUUCAUCGACCUGCUCCAAGACCCCAAAGAACAGCAACUUAGAACUAACAGCAGCGCAACCCAAGUCAGCCAAGAAAGCCGAACCUUCCAGGUCAGCACGGCCCCCUUCCAAAACCUCGUCUGAGACUGUGGAAAGCUCCUCUAAAAAGGACCAAAAGAAAAAAGAAGGGACCUCCAGUAUUGAGAAGGCUGAGGAGACCUCUCAGAAUGGGAAGGGUGCCGAUCAUCUAUUGGAGUCCUCUGUAGAGAAGGACAAAAGGCAGCCCUAUGUUAACCAAACCACAGAGGAAACGUCCUUCUCUGAAUCUUCAAAUGCACUUUCUUCAGACACUUUAGGCCAAUCUGUGAGCACAGAGAGUGAAACAGAGAAGGAGAGGGCAGUGGCAGACCAGCCACAGAGGAUUGUUGGGACUGAAGAGGGAGAGAGACGACAAAUCGUCAAUGUUGAAAGCCCACAGGUGUCCAUCAUUCCUGACUCCAUUCAAGAAAGCCAGUCCAACGACUCCGAUUCAGAUGGACCUAUACUCUACAAAGAUGAUGAAGAGGAGGAUGAGGAUGAUGAGUAUACCUCUAGCUCACUUGCCAGCAAAAUUCGCCGCAAGGACACGCUUGCCAUCAAACUUGGUAACAGGCCCAGCAAGAAGGAGCUAGAAGAGAAGAACAUUCUCCCACGGACCUCAGAGACAGAGCGUCAGGAGCUACGACAGCAGAUCGGCUCUAAACUAGUGAGACGGCUGAGCCAAAGGCCCACCACAGAAGAGCUUGAACAGCGAAAUAUUCUAAAACAGAAAAAUGAGGAAGAAGAACAAGAGGCCAAGCAGGAGAUUAAAAGAAGACUAUCCCGAAAGCUCAGCGUCCGGCCCACGGUUGCAGAACUGGUGGCACGUAGAAUUUUGCGGUUCAAUGAAUAUGUGGAGGUCACAGAAGCAAAAGACUAUGAUCGCCGUGCUGACAAGCCCUGGACCAGGUUAACCCCUGCAGACAAAGCUGCUAUACGUAAAGAACUUAAUGAAUUUAAAAGCAAAGAAAUGGAAGUCCAUGAAGAAAGCAAACAGUUUACCAGGUUUCAUCGGCCCUGAGGCGGUGCCUGGUGGUGGGGGUGCUGGACGGCCGCUAACUCCAGGCUCUCUCUUCCUGUCUCUUCGCCAUGCUUCCUGCUGGGAGGCUAACAGACUGGCUCCCUGCGGCAGCCGGCUCUUCUCUGCCGUCGGCUGCACUUUGGUUCUUGCUUUCAGCCACUAGAGGGCUACAGCGCAGCUAAAGAUGGACCUGGAAUGCCAUUGCGAUCUGAAACGGAUAGAGAGGGACCUUCAAACAAGAUGCAGCAAUGCAAUGGUUCUGACACGUUUUUCCAUAUCUGUAAUGGUUUUGCACACACUAAGGACAAGACUUGCACUCUUUUAAUUUAAAGUGUCCCUGAUAUUCUCUCAAGGUUGAGCACAGCAGUGUAAAUCAUUGAAGCGCGUUCAGUGACUCAUCAGUGGCUUGCUUUGUUGCUGCAUGCAUCUCUGAGGAUUUUUUUUGUUUUGUUUUGUAUAUAUUACAUAUUUCUUGCAGCAUUCAUGCAGAGUCCAGUAAUAUCGAUGAAUAUCCAUGCAUGUGAAAAAACAUUUUAUGACUCAUGUAUCUGGUUCAAUGUAUAUUACAUGGAUAUUCAGGUCCAUUUGGGCAUCAUGAUGUCCAGGUUUAUUACUGCCAUUAUUCCUCUGUAUCCAGAUUAAUACGUCCUCAAUAUAAUGUAU